GUGGAGAGAAAGUGUUUAGGCUCCGCCCACCCUGGAGAGCGAGGUAACAAAACCGGAGACCUGAGGCGGGUUGCGUCCCAGCUGCCGUCCUGUGACGCAGGGUUCCUCGCGCGCGUCCCGUUGCCGUCGCUGGAUCUCGGGUGACUUGGUGUAAACCCUGAGGGCAGGUCCGGCCUCUCUCUGUCUCACAGUGGUGUCAUGGCUUCCUCCAUGCUGAGCCGUCAGCUUGCUUUCUCCCUGCAGAAGAGCUUGUGGCUCAGUGCUCCAGGCUGCAGAUAUGUCAGCAAGACAGCAACAAAGACCCAGAUGGAGUUUGACUACGAUGGACCCUCCAUGAAGACUUCGGUCCCUGGUCCACGUUCACAAGAACUGACGAAACAACUAGGAGAGAUGCAGAAUGUCGGAGCCAUCAACUUCUUCUGUAACUAUGAGGAAAGCCGGGGAAACUACCUGGUGGACGUGGAUGGUAACCGCAUGCUGGACCUCUACACUCAGAUCUCCUCCGUCCCUAUUGGCUACAACCACCCCGCUCUUCUUAAACUGAUGUCCAAUCCACACAACCUGAGUACAUUUGUGAACCGACCCGCCUUGGGAAUCCUGCCGCCUGAGAACUUUCCCGACAAAAUCUCAGAAAGUCUUCUCUCAGUGGCUCCCAGUGGAAUGAGUCGUGUUCAGACCAUGGCCUGUGGCUCCUGCUCCAACGAGAACGCCUUCAAAUCCAUGUUUAUCUGGUACAGAAACAAGGAGCGGGGCCACAACACACCCUCCGAUAAGGACCUCAGUAGCUGCAUGAUCAACCAGGCCCCAGGUUGUCCAAACCUCAGCAUCUUAUCUUUCAUGGGCUCCUUCCAUGGAAGAACCAUGGGUUGCCUGGCGACGACUCACUCCAAAGCUAUUCACAAGCUUGACAUUCCAUCGUUUGAUUGGCCAAUUGCACGCUUUCCGAGGCUGCAGUACCCGUUGGAGGAGUUCACCAGGGAGAAUCUGCAGGAAGAGUCUCGCUGCCUGGAGGAGGUGGAGGAUCUGAUUGUGAAGUGGAGGCAGAAAGGGAAACCCGUGGCAGGAAUAGUAGUUGAACCGAUCCAGGCUGAAGGGGGAGAUAAUCACGCCUCUGUAGACUUCUUCAGGAGCCUUCGCAACAUUACACGCAAGCAUGGCUGUGCUUUUCAUGUGGAUGAAGUCCAGACGGGUGGCGGAACCACUGGAAAGUUUUGGGCCCAUGAGCACUGGGGCAUGGAUGACCCUGCUGACGUCGUGUCCUUCAGCAAGAAGCUUCUGACUGGUGGCUACUUCCAGAAGGAUGAGCUACAGGCUGAUAAGCCGUACCGCAUCUUUAACACAUGGAUGGGGGAUCCAUCGAAGAACUUGUUCCUGGCUGAGGUUCUAAAUGUCAUUCGUAGAGAAAACCUUCUGGAGGAGGUGACGCGUUCUGGGAAAGCGCUGCUAAACGGACUUUAUGAGCUACAGACUCAACACCCUGACAUCCUGAGCCGAGCCCGCGGACAGGGAACCUUCUGUGCAGUCGAUAUCUGUGACGAUGCAACACGCAACCGCAUCCUCCUCAAAACUAGAGACAAAGGUGUCAUUCUGGGAGCCUGUGGGGAUCGAUCGGUCCGUUUCCGCCCAUCUCUGGUUUUUAAGGAAUACCAUGUUCACAUUUUCCUGAACAUCUUCAACGACGUCUUGGCCCAACUCAAGUAAACCACAACCUGAAGGAUCCUGUCUUACUACACGAGCUCGGCUUGGUCUAGAACGGUGGGAGGGGAAGCUCCAAACAGUCCAUGAUAAGCACAAUCCACUCAGUAACCUUCACAGAACAGAGCCAGUUAAACUCGAUAUGAGACGCACACCAGUUAAAGUGGACGGUCUUAAUGCUGACGAUGGUAACGUCCUCCUCCACGUUCUGCCAUAAACAUUUAUUCAGAAAACCAGUCGCAGUCUUUAAAGAAUGUUUGACAGACGUCCUGUCAUUCUGUCCUCAGUCACAGGUGAACUAGCACCUUUUGUUUAUAAUGAUGUUCCCUAACAAUACUUAACCUCUUUUGGUUGUCUUACCCAAAGUCUGUCCUCCACGCAUAGAAUAUUAUAGAUCUUCUUACCCCAGUUGAGCAUUUCCCCUAAUGUAGCAAUUAGUGGUUCAUAUAAAUCUCAUUUGAUUCUGAUGAAUAAGCACUUAUUUCAGUUGGUGAGAAGACAUUUUAACUCUCGUCCAGUUAAUGGUUUUUAAACGCAUGUAAGAAAUGUGUUGACUUGUGUUUGUUUUUGUGCCAGUGAGUCUGGUUAUGGCACAGAAUGUGACGUCCCUUCUGCCAUCUGGUCUACAAACCUCUGACUUGGGAGCUGGUCCAAGUUGAAAACUGCUGGAUAGAUAUUAUAUAGAUAGAGAUAUUUGGGGAUUUUGAAGGCGAUGGAUGUUGUUCUGUUAUUUAGACACGUGUAAAUAGAAAACAGAAGAUCACAGCUUGUCACCAACCAGUCCAGCUUCUAUUAAAACCCACACGUUGGCUUCUUUCCUUUUGCACUAAUUACAGUGGUUCUCCUUUCUCUUUUUUGCCAAGGUGGACAGUGACAUUACAGCUAAGCCUGCAUGGUUUUCAUUUGCCCCCAUUAGAAAUGUCCUUGUUAUGAUUCUGACUGUAAUUAGGAAUGACUUCAGCUUGAAAUUUUGUAGCCCAGAAAAUGUGAAUUUUAAGCGGACCAUGAAAAUGUCAUAGAUAAUUUAGUGCCUGCAUGUUACUUAAAUGUGCUUUUUCUGUUCAAGCGAUCGAUCGGCAUGUUGCAUGCUGAUGCAACUCAAAUGUUGAACUCACAUUGUUUAUUCGUGUCAUACUCGCUAACGUGCUCCCAUCGCUCGUUGAGGUCUCAUGUCAUGAUGAUUUGAUAGUUAACACAUUGUGGCAGAAGAGGAACGGGGGUUGAAGCAUGGAGUGUUCUGAGGUGUUGAAGGCUAUUUGUAAAAUUGGGCGUUAUGGUGAUAAAACACAAAGCCUACAUGAGCAGAAACCGGUUGAAUAUAUGCGAUCAAGACCCAAACGUAUGGACCUGUGCCUGAACGCUCAUCAGCGGUGACUCCUUCACAGUCAGGGCUGAUAUUUUUCUCCCUUUGGGACAUUAUCAUCCAUUAAACGCUUCAAAAAAUCAAGAAUCUCACCAAUAGAAUAGAUGAGUGGAUUUGCGCACAUAUAAUAAUGAGGCUUUUCCCCAUUCAGAGCAAAUCUGAGCAGAGUAGUGGAGCAUGUAGUGUUGUUUCAUACACUACUCUCACAACACACAUGCUUUGUAUAUUUCCUGUAUUCUACUGAGCUGAGCUGUUGCCAAGUGAAUGUGAAUGACACAGUUGCUGCUGAGCUGCUAAACGGGCAUAGAUCCAUCACACAGGGUGUUUGAGCAGAUUUUGAUCACAAACGUGUUCAUCCUACAAACUUUAUAAAAAGUUGCCAAGUUUGUGAUCAAGCUGAUGUUCUGCUGUUUAAUGUGUGUGAAUGUUCCCUGGAGGCUGAAGGCAAGUGUUUUGAAUGUGUAAUCAAAAGUGUUAGCACAAUAAUCUACAGUCUAAUAUAUUUACAUCUGUUCACAUUUAUAAUGCAUAAAUGUUAUACAGUAAGGCUAAUGUAUACUGUUUGUUCUCAUGAAGUACACUGGCAUCCUACACAGAACUGAUGAAAAAGUGGGAUUUAGUAGCACAUCAUAUGAAGGCCAAGUGGUGCAGUGUUGCUGAUGACAACAGUGCCUGCCUCAUUGUUGUAGAAGAGCCUCUUUAAACAUCCAUGACAUGAACUAUUUGUACAUGUGAUCUGAGAUAGAAGAUUAUUGAUGUAAUUAUUUUAGAUGCCUCUAAUUGUUGUAACUAUAAAUACAUUGUCCAUGUAUUGUGAUAAAUAAAUGAAGUUUUUGGUUGCUAAGUUCUUA